CUUUUUUUUUCCAGUUCCUGGAAGCUGUCUGCAUUCCUUGGCUCAGGCCUCCUUCCCUCUUCAAAGCCAGCACCGGGUGCACAGUCGCCUUUAGUGGACAAGGACCCCGUCUCAGGAGGUGAAGUGGCUAGGAAGGACGUUUGAAGCUGUGCUGGGGCAGGAGCCCGGGUGUGAAGGUCACGGAGCGUCGUCUCUGUUCUUCCUUUGUCCACCCACAGUUGAAGACGUUGGUGUAUAACCCCUCCACCCUGCUCCCACAGCCCCGCCCCGCAGUGGGAAGUUGGCUGAGGGGGGGGCUGCUUGACCCCCUCUCGGCCCCGCCCCCUCCCGCACUUUGGCCUUCCCAUUGGCCAGUCGUACUAUCCCCACCCCCGCUCUGUGCACCCUCAUUGGCCAGAGCUAGGCAGAGGCGGAGCUUGCUGUCUGGCAUGUGCUGGCCGCGCGGGAGCGGCCAGCGUGUAAAAACCCCAGGGUGGCGGUGAUCAGGUCUACUGCAGUUAGCGGCCCUCGCUUCCAGCAAUGGCUUCGCAGGCCUGCGCGGCUCCCGGCGCCGAGGACUGUGGCCGCAGGAAGCCCCGCCUGGCAGCAUCUCUGCAGAUCAACCCUGCGCCCAGCACCUGGCGGCCCUCGGCCAACCCGGAUCCCGACGCCUGGGGACCCCUGCCCGGUCCCGAGGCAGAGGGCGACGCGCAGCGGCCCCAGGCCUCCGCUGUGGCAGCGGGGGACUGUGGGCCCAGGGCCGGGGCCGAGGGCAGUGGGGAGCACGGGGACGCACAGGCUGGGGAGGACUCGGGAGGCUGGCUGGGGAUGGCCCCGAGGGCGUCCGUGCCACCCACAGGGCCCGCAGGGGACCUCCCAAAGGUGGCCAGACAACUGAGACUGCCACCCGCGGACCCGCCACCCGGCCAGGCCGUGGCCUUGCUGGCACAGUACGCAGCAGGGCUGGGCGCCGCCCUGACCUUCCGUGAGGACCCGGCAGCAGGUCCUGGCUCCCCCUUCUCUAUGUGCGCAGAGCUGGAUGGGGUGGUGUGCCCUGCAGGUACAGCAAACUCUAAAGCAGAGGCCAAACAGCAGGCGGCACUCUCUGCCCUGUGCUACAUCCGGAGCCAGCUGGAGAGCCCAGGUGACCCAGCCACUGGGCAGGAGGCACAAGAGACCCCUGAGACCCCCCACCAGCCCGCACUCACCCCAAGCAUAGAGAACAUCCUGCCCCACGAGCAGCGCUGCGCUGCUGUGGUCAGUGCCGGCUUGGACCGUCUGCUGGGCGAGGACUCGCCCUACUGGGCCUGCAUGGGGACAGUGGCUGCGGUCGUCCUGGAGCGCGAGGUCCCGGGUGCCAAGGGCCCCACCAAGGAGAUCUAUCAGUUGGUGGCGCUGGGAACGGGCAGUGGCACCUGUGCCAGCUGGCUGGAGUUCUCAGGCCGGCAGCUGCACGACUGUCAUGGUCUGGUCAUUGCCCGCCGGGCCCUGAUGAGGUUCUUCUUCCGGCAGCUGCUGCUGGCUACAAAGGGGGGCCCCAAGGGCAAGGAACAGUCUGUGUUGGUCCCCCAGCCUGGGCCUGGCCCCCCCUUUGCCCUCAAGCCCCGGAUUUUCCUGCACCUCUACGUCAGCAACACCCCCAAAGGAGCGGCCCACGACAUCUACCUCCCGCUGUCCUCGGAAGAUGGCCUUCUGCUCAGCUCCUCCUUCCGCCUGCAGGCUCACAUCUGCGGGCAGUUGAAGCCGGUGUCCUAUGUGGCACACACGCUUCGCGACACCCAUGUGGGCUGCCUGUCAGUCAGCGACAAGCUGGCACGCUGGGCGGUGCUGGGGCUGGGUGGUGCCCUGCUGGCCCACUUCCUGCCGCCGCUCUAUGCAACCAGCCUCAUUCUGGCUGACACCUGCCACGACCCUCCAACUCUAAGCAGGGCCAUUCACAACCGGCCCAACCUAGACAGCACCUUGGGGUCGUGCCUGCCGCCUCCCUACGUCCGCACCACCCUGCACCUGUUUUCAGGGCCCUCUGUGGCCCCCUCCAGCCCUGACCCCAAUACCUGCCACGACCUCAGCCUUAACUGGAGCCUGGGGGACCCCGACGUGGAAGUUGUGGAUGUGGCCAGUGGUCGCGUGAAGGCUGAGGCCGCCCCUGGGCCUCCUUCCCGCCUUUGCAAGGCCGCCUUCCUUCGGGCCUUCCGCCAGACCGCCACUGCUCUGGGCAAGCCCCACCUCCUGGCCCUGAAGACCUAUGAGGCUGCCAAGGCUGGGCCCUACCAGGAGGCUCGCCAGCAGCUGUCUCUCCUCCUGGACCGGCAAGGCCUGGGUUCUUGGCCCUCCAAGCCGCUGGUGGGCAAAUUCAGGAGCUGAGAUCCUUGAAGAGCCAUAUCCCCGGGGAGGGCCCUUUGGGAGCAGGGAGGGCAUGGGGGUAUGCGGGAUGAACUGGGGCAAGCCCGCGGUGGGGGUUGGGGGAUGCUGCCCAUUUGGGCUUGAAUAAAGAAGUGGUUUGUGGGGUU